AUGCAGUUUGAGCCCCCGCUGAAUUGGCUGCCCCAGCAAGUGAAAAGCAUCGCCAGCACACCCAUGAAUGCAGUGACGACUUGGCUCACCAUGGGGAAUGACCUCAUGGAUUGCGCCAACAUCCACUCAUCUGUGGAGCUCACCAAGUGUUUGGGCUUGAAGAUCAUCUCGGCAGUGCCUCCCUUGAACUUCCUGGGCCGCAUGAAGGAGGUGCUCACUGAGACGAUUAUGACCUUCGCAAGGGUGGCCACGCAGGUGGUGAAGAAGGCCUUGCAGGGCAGCGCAUCUUUGCUGCAGAAGGCCAGCACCUCGAAGUUCCCUGCAGUGGGGGAAAGGAUGGUGCACCACAAGGACAAGAACUUCCUCAUUGAGUCCCACUCCCAGCACCGCGAUGCAUCACUCCUGCAGGAUGACGCAUCAAAACCGUCAGGGGCGGUGGGCUACAAGUUCCAUGCCGGCCAGGAUGUCCAUGCCAGUCCCUUGGUCACCCAGUUCGAUGGCCGUGAGGUGGACACUGGUUCCUGCCUGGCUUUUGCCCCGAGGGGCAAGAACGGAGCCCACGUGGCCAACCAUCAAGAGGCGACGAAAACUGACUGGACGGCGCCCAGCAAGGAGAACUUCAUCCAGCUGGAGCCCUGGGCUGUGCCUUGCGACAAUGCUUGGAUGAAGGACAACUGGAACAAGUGGCAAGGCUAUUCCUUCUACACUGCGACAUUGCCCAUUGAGAAGUGCUUGACUAUCACCUUUUCGAUGGGCAUGCAGCCAGUUGUGGCCUUUGUGGGGGGCUUGGAAUUCGAACUGCUACCCAAGCCGCUCUUUGAGUUGGCGACCACGGUGUGCUGGCCGAACAAGAUGCCCGGCGGCUUGGACCUGUCGAUCCUCCGCUCGAAGAUCAAGAGCGCAGGGAACCUUGUGUUCAGCCGGACGCUGCGCUUGGCUAAGCGCUUUGGCCAGGGCACGGACUUCGUCAAGGCCAACGUGGAGAGUAGCUACCAAACCUGGAAACAUGUGGCUGGGCUACCUGGAUCCGAAGGUGAGAGCAGAAGCGCGUUCGAUAAGAUGUCUCUCAUGGAGAGCAAUCGAAGCAACGGCACGGCAGAGUCGCUGCACUGGAAAACUGACGUGGAGGAUUUGUACGUGGCAUCCGUCAACUACAACGAGGAGCUGACGGUAAAUAAGACCUCUGAGCUCCGGGGGGCAGAUGCUGCUCGCCGCAUGAGUGCCAUUCAAGAGGCUAAGGAGGACAUCAUCGAGUUGUUUAACUUCCAGAAGGAGGGGAUGACCAACUUCAAGAUCCAAGGGCUUUUGGCGGGCAACAGCCUCGAGCUGGGCAUCGAGAUGGGCUUCGGGGAAUUCAAAUCCCCAGCUCAGAGGAUUCCCCUGAUCAACAUCGCUGACCAAUUCUCCGUGAUCCUGGCUUCUUUGCCCUUCAUCUCGCUGGAGAGCAAGGAGAAAGCAAUUGCUGCGCUGCAGGAUUUCUCCACCCAAGACGCAGGCAGGGCACACGGGGUUCCUCUGAGGCCAGGCUCUGUGAUCGCCCUGCACAACAAGGCAUGGAACCGAUACCUCUCCAUGGCAGACUGGACUCUCUAUCCCAGCGCGCCCGAGAAUGAGAAUGGUAUCCGCGAAGGGUGGACCCAUCAGAGAUUCACGGUGGUGGACGCUGGCAACGGACAGAUUGCUCUGCACAACACCAUCCACAAUCGCUUUGUGGGCACAGGUUCCGUCAGCCCUGUGAGAAAUAUCAACGACCUCCCGGGCGAUUGGGCUUCCGAGCGCUUCACCGUGGUGGAUGUCGGGAAUGGCGAGAUUGCGCUGCAAGGGCUGGGGAAGCAAUUCUUGCAACUUACUGAUCAGAAGAUCUGGCACACUGCUCCCGUUGAUCACCUGCCUCCCACCUAUGUAUGGGAGCGCUUCAAGGUGGUCCCAGGCGAGAGCAAGCUGGUGCCAGGCUCGGUGAUCGCCUUGUACAACACUCAUUGGAAGAAGUUCUUGACCAUGAACCGCGAUCAUCUGUCCACGAGCCCUGAGGUCCUCGAGAUUGGAGAGGGCUGGACUUACGAGCGGUUUACGGUGGUGUAUGUGAAUGGCUGGCAGGUUGCCCUGCACAACCCCAGGCAUAACCGUUUCAUCAGCCUGUCGACCUCCAUGGCAAGCUCGCACUGCAACGUGGACCAAUUCAAUCAAGCUUGGGAGUCCGCGAAAUGGGAGGCUUGGCCCGCCGUGGAUGGGCAGAUCGGCUUGCACAAUGCCCAGCACAACCGCUUUGCGAGUUUGCAAGGCGGCGGCGCCGGCGCCAGUGGGGACGCUCCUGGAAGGCCUUGGGACUCUCUCCCUUGGCUUUCGGAGCGCCUCCGCAUCGUGCACCUCAAACCCUUCCUCGAGCCAGGCUCCGUGGUGGCCCUGCACAACGCAUUUCACCGGCGCUUUGUAAACAUGCACCCUCACGACAUGCACUUCAGCGAAGAGAAGGAUGCCAACUUUGACAUGCCAGACGGGUGGACCUUUGAGCGCUUCACCGUGGUGGACGCAGGGAAUGGUCAGAUUGCCCUUCACAACGCUCUCCACAACCGCUACGUGAAGAUGGGCCCGAAUGGAGAUAUGACCGUCAGCCCUGUCAGAAACCUCCACGAUCCCUUCCCUCAUGACUGGUUCUCGGAGCGCUUCACCGUCUUGUCUGCUCACGACAUCUUCGACGGGGUGAUCGGCUUGCACAACAGCGCGCACGGCCGCUUGCUGCGCAUGACGGCCCUCGGGGUGGAUUCGCACCCCGUCGCUGCCCAGGACUUCACCUCCGGCUUUUUCCAGGAAAGCUUCCGCAUCGUGCUGGUCGGGGCGGGCAACCAGGGUAGCUUACCAGUUGGGCUCGAACAGGGAGGCUUUUCUUUUAAGUGA